UUCACCUUUUGAUACUUAACUUCUCUCUUUCUUGCAUUCUUAUGACAUUUUUCUUUUUUUAUAAUUUCGUGUAUGCGCACAAAUAUGUAUGUAUUUAUGUGAUAAGUAAUAGUAGGAAGCGCGUAAGAACGGGUGUGCGUUUUUUCGUGUGAUUAGAGUUUUUUGUCCCUCUCAAAAAUGUUGAUCUAUCAAAUUUUCCCGAGGCACACUAAAUCAGCUCGAUAAGCAUAGGGUUACUGAGUCAAACCCGGGACGAGAGAGAGAGAGGAGGUUGUGUUUUGUUGCUGUUGUUUGAGAAGACGAAGAUUCGGAGUGGAAAGUGGCUGUUGCCGAGGCUAUCAGGGGUUCUUUAGCAUCGAUACGGUCAUACAAAAUGUUCUCGUUUGCUCAACAAAAUGCGGUCGAGCCCAUGCAGGUUGACGCGCCGACCGAGGAUAAUGAUAAUACCGAGGAGGAGCCGUAUACCGUUGAAAAUCCAACCCUGGAUUUAGAAGUAUACGCAAACAGUUACACAGGCCUUGCCAAACUGUUUAGGUUAAUGUACAUAGCCGAUCAUUGCCCAGCUCUGAGAAUUGAAGCUUUAAAAAUGGCAAUAUCGUACGUCAUGACAACAUACAACGUCCAAAUGUAUUUAUUGUUACACAGAAAAUUAGCCUUGGCACUUAAUGCCUCUGGAUUGCCGGACGUGGCCGCACAAUCCACGUCUCAAGAUAUCCCAACAGUUGACCCGAUGUGGGUAGAGUCACGUUCAAAGAAGGCUGCGCUCAAGCUUGAAAAGUACGACACUGAUUUAAAGAAUUACAAGAGUAAUUCAAUAAAAGAGAGCAUAAGACGUGGUCACGACGAUUUGGGGGAUCACUAUCUGGACUGUGGUGAUUUGAGCAACGCGCUCAAGUGCUACUCCCGUGCUCGCGACUAUUGCACCAGUGGAAAACACGUGGUGAAUAUGUGCUGGAACGUUUUGAAAGUUUCUAUAUAUUUGCAAAAUUGGAGCCAUGUUAUUAGUUAUGUUACUAAGGCUCAAAACACACCCGAUUUCCCAAACGUUCAGGGCAAAGAUAACAAUCAGGCUAUUGUUACAAAACUGAAAGUUGCUGCUGGACUGGCCGAACUCGCGACUAAAAAGUACAAGUCUGCUGCUAAACUAUUCCUCAACGCGUCACUCGAUCACUGCGAUUUUCCCGAAAUUCUCUCGCCAGGAAACGUUGCUCUUUAUGGUGGUUUAUGUGCUCUGGCGACUUUUGACAGGCACGAACUUCAAAAGCAGGUGAUAUUUAGCAGUUCCUUUAAACUUUUCCUAGAGCUGGAACCUCAACUUAGAGAUAUCAUAUUCAAAUUUUAUGAGUCUAAAUAUGCCUCCUGCUUAAAACUGCUUGACGAAAUUAAGGACAACAUUUUAUUAGACAUGUACAUCGCGCCACACGUAAACACUCUGUAUACUCAAAUCCGCAACAGAGCACUGAUACAAUACUUUAGUCCUUAUCUCAGUGCAGACAUGAAACGUAUGGCUACUGCUUUCAACAGAACUGUCCCAGCUUUGGAAGAUGAACUCAUGCAACUCAUACUUGAUGGUCAAAUUCAAGCUCGCAUUGAUUCUCAUAAUAAAAUUUUAUACGCCAAAGAUGUGGAUCAACGCAGUACAACGUUUGAAAAAUCGAUAGCAUUAGGAAAGGAGUAUAAAAGGCGCACUAGAAUGUUAAUUUUAAGGGCAGCAGUUUUGAAAAACCAUAUACAAGUAAAGUCGCCACGUGAAACUUCACAGGGUGGAGAAACGCCAAUAGCGCCGGGAUUGUCACGUGAGAUGCAGAGAAGUUAAAGAUAACGAUGUUUUUGAUAUUUUUUGAUAAUCGAAAUUAAAACAACAAGUGUCAAUGCAUCAAUCAACAUCUUCCAGCAAAUGCAUGCAGACAUGAUAACGAACAAUUUAAUGCUGAUCUUGAACUUUUUGAAUCUCUUGUAUAUUUACAUACGUGUAUAUGUAUACAAAAGACAUAACUUUCAAGUUCAAAUCCUCGGCGAGUGUGAUUUGCAGUCGUUAAUUGAACAGUCUAAGGUGUUGAACCGCGUAUUUCCCGAGUUUUUAUACCAUUUAUUGAAAUUGAAAUCUUCAACUAGUGAUUAACAAAAAGAAAGGAGAAAAAAAUAGCAAAAGACAAGUGUGAUUCUUUUCUUGUUUGUAAGAUUAUCAUCACAAUGAUGACAAUUUAAUGGUUUGAAAAAACGUUGCAAUAAGUCUGUUUAAACUCGCUCUGAGGCUUGCAAU